UAGAAUGGUUGAUUAUAAAGAAACUGGAACAGAGUUUAUUAAUUUCCUAAACUCUAGUCCUUCUCCUUUUCAUGCCGUUCAGGAAGCCAAACAACUAUUAGAAAAAGCAGGAUUUAUUGAAAUUAAAGAACAUAAUAAAUUUAUACUUAAAAGUUUAGGAAAAUACUUCUUGAUUCGGAACGGGACUUCUAUCAUUGCUUUUGCCUUAGGCGGAAAUUACAGUAAAGGAAGCGGAUUUAACAUUAUUGCUGCUCACACUGAUAGCCCUUGUUUAAAAUUAAAACCCAUUUCUAAAAUUGUGAAACACAAUUAUUGCGCUGUUGGCGUUCAGACUUAUGGAGGUGGUUUAUGGCACACGUGGUUCGACCGAGAUUUGAAGGUGGCCGGAAGGGUUAUGUGCGAGGGCAGUUCUUGGUCCAUCCGACAAGCACUUGUCCAUAUCGACCGACCGGUUUUUCGAAUUCCUACUCUCGCUAUUCAUAUGCAGCGCAGCGUUAAUCAGGAUGGAUUUAAAUUCAACCUUGAAAAUCAUAUUAUUCCCAUUUUUGGAACUUCUUAUAAAUGCGGAGAUAAUAAAGAUCUUCUUCCUCAAGAAGAAUUAUCAAAAAGUUAUCAGCAGAACUUUAAACAUUCUGCAACGCUCCUUUCCUGCAUUGCCGAGGCUCUAAACUGUGACGUGGAGAAUAUUCUCGACUUUGAACUUUGUCUCGCUGAUCAUCAACCCGCUACAAUUGGUGGCCUUAAAGAUGAAUUUAUAUUUUCAGCUCGUCUCGAUAAUCUUACUGGUUGUUAUACCUCUUUAAAGGCUUUACUUAAUGCUUCUCGAGAAGAAAAUUUAAAAAACGAGUCUAAUGUUUAUUUACUUGCGCUUUUUGAUAACGAAGAAAUCGGAUCAAAUUCAGCGUACGGCGCUGCCUCCAACUUUUUACAACAAACAAUUAAUCGUAUUGGAGGAUUUUUGAAUUCAGAAGAAUUGGGGAUGUCGAUUGCGCGCUCUUUUCUACUCAGUGCGGAUAUGGCCCACGCUCUUCAUCCCCAACAUCCGGAAGCCCAUGAAGCCAAUCAUCAGCCUCUUCUCCAUCACGGUCCUGUCAUAAAAUUCAAUUCGAAUCAACGCUAUGCAACCACUGCAGAGACAGCGGCGCUUAUUAGAAAUAUUGCGCAUAAACGGAACAUUACAAUUCAGGAUUUUUGCGUAAGAAAUGACUCCCCGUGUGGAAGUACUAUUGGUCCAAUUCUAGCUACAAACCUUGGAAUCAGAACAGUAGAUAUCGGGAACCCGCAGCUGAGCAUGCACUCAAUAAGAGAAAUGUGUGGUUUGGAUGAUAUCACUAACGCAAUUAACUUAUUUACUGCUUUCUUCGAAGAAUUUAGUGGCCUUGAAGAAAUUCUUAAGUAGCAAGACCCGCCAAUAUUGGAGAGCAAAGUCAGUAUGGAAGACAGGAAAAUAUUAAAUU